AUGAAUGAUGCACAAAUAAAGGAUAUGAUGAAUGAUGAAGAAGAAAAAGAAGAAAUAGAAAUUAAGGAAAACAUAAAUGAUAAGAUAAAUGAAAUUGAUGAUAAUGAUGAUAAUGAUGAUGGUGAUGAUGAUGGUGAUGAUGAUGAUGAAGAUGAAGAUGAAGAUAGUGAUGAUAAUGAUGAUGAAGAUAAUGAUGAAGAUGAAGAUAAUGAUGAUAAUGAUGAUAAUGACGAUAGUGAUAAUAAUGAUGAUGACCACAACGAUGUUAAAAAAUCUAGUAAGAAUAAAAAAAAGAAUAACGAGGAAAUGUUCGACAGAAGUAACCAUUUUGAUAAUUUUGAUAACAUUAUGUUAGAUGUGAGAUUAAGAAAAGCUUUAUUAUAUUUAUUCAAAUAUCAACAUCCUACUAUAAUACAAAAGAUGUCUAUAUGUAAAAUAUUAAAUGGUCAUGAUGUUAUAAUAAGCUCUAAAACUGGUUCGGGAAAAACAAUGGCAUAUUUAAUACCCGUUGUACAUAAUUUGAUAAAAUUUAAUUUGAACGAAAAAGAUCAUUUGAAGUUUUUUUAUAAAUGUAUUAUAAUAUGUCCUACAGAAGAAUUAUGUUUACAAAUAUAUGACGUUACAAAAAAGUUAUGUACCUAUUUAAAAGAUAUAAUAACUGUUAAUCAUAAUGUGAACAAUACUUUUUAUGAACAUCCAACCAUAUUAAUUAGUACUCCAAAAGAUUUAUGUACACAUAUUAUAGAAAAAAAGAAAAAAAAUAAUCUAGAUAUUUUAAUGAAUUUAAAAAUAUUAAUUCUAGAUGAAGCAGACGUUUUACAUACUCAAGAAUUUCAAUCAUAUUUGAAGACACUAACAAGUUAUUUACCAAAAAAAUUUAACAAGAAAUAUCAAAUUGUUAUGGCAUCAGCUACUUUAAAAAGGAAUAUUUUAGAGAAAACCAAAUUAUUUUUACAUAAUCCUAUAUACGUUAGCCAUGAACAAAAAAAUGAGUCAUCCUUUGAAAAAAAAAAAAAUAAAACUAAUAACACAAAUAGUGUUAUUAUGAAAAGGGAAGAAGCCGGAAAAAAUAAUAUUCAUGAUGAAGGAAAUGAAGGGAAAACAAAAUAUCAAAAGUUUACCGGAAAGGCAUUUUAUUAUGUAUAUAAAGAAGAAUUAAUUAAAUAUAUCUAUUUAUAUAAUUUAAUAAAAAUUAAAAUUAUACCUUAUAAAUCUAUUAUAUUUACUACAACCAUACAUGAUGCAUAUAAAAUUAAAAUUUUUUUAACUUACCUAAAUGUUUCUUCUUCUAUACUUAACCCGAACCAUCCCAUAUUAAUUCGACAGAAUAUAAUUUCGGCUUUUAACAAUUCGAAAUUUCAUUUUUUGAUUUGCCCUCAAUAUGAAAAGAAUAAUAUGAAGCAUGUGAAGGGUGUACUAGGGUCAAAUAAAAUGGAUAAUGUUGAUGGUGGUGAUGAUAAUGAUGAUGAUGAAGAUGAUGGUGAUUAUAAUGAUGAUGAUGAUAAUGAUGAUGAUGAUAAUGAUGAUGAUAAUGAUGAUGAUAAUGAUAAUGAUGAUGAUGAAGAUAAUGAUGAAGAUGAAGAUAAUGAUGAUGAUGAUGGCGAUGAUAAUGAUGAUGAUAAUGAUGAUAAUAAUGAUGAUGAUAAUGAUAAUGAUGAUCAAACGCUGAACGAACCACUUAGCGAUAAUAAUUCCUGCAGGACAUAUAAUUCAGAUGAUGAAAAUGAGAAAACAGAUGACACCACAAAAUUGAAUGAAGAGAAAGAUUUCUUAUAUAGUAGAGGAUUAGAUUUUUAUGAUGUUAAAUGUGUUGUUAAUUUUGAUAUGCCAUCAGACUCAGAGACAUUUAUACAUAGAAUUGGAAGAACAUGUAGAUUAAAUAACAAAGGGAAAUGUAUAUCAUUUGUGAAUGAAUUAAAUUAUGGGGAGAAGGAAUUUCUACAAAAAUUAAUUGAAGAUAAAAAUAUUUGUACCAUGAUUAAGAAAAAUAUACAAUAUAAUAUUGUUGAAAAAUAUCGAUAUAGAGUUGAAUCCACAUUAAAUAAAUGUACAAAUAAAAAAAUUAAAUUGUUCAUACAAAAAGAAAUUUUAUAUCAAUCCUUAAAAUCAAAAGAAUUAAAAGACUUUUUCAAUACAAAUAUAAAUGAAAAACGAAAAAUUAAUAAAAUUAUCAAACAUUUUAAUAAAGCUGUCAUACCACAAAAAUUGAUUAAAGAUAGAAAUCAAAGUAUUUUCUUAAAUAAAUCAAAGGUUAAGAAUAAAAUCAUACAAAAAAAUAAUACUAAUAAUAAAAAUAAAAAUAAUAAUAAUAAUAUAAAACCUUUUGCACUCAAAAACAAUAACGGUUUAGUCAUUACGGAACAGGGUUAUGAAAGUCAGCUUACCAAAGAACCUGAACGAGAAGUUGCAGAUCCUUCCAAAUUACCGCCUCUAUGUGGUCAAAGGUUGAGGAAUUAUAUGUAUUUAAAGUAUAUUAAAGGAAAAAAAAAUAAAAACGGUAGCAAUAUGAAUAAAAGUUAUAACAGCAACAACAAGAAGAGGAAAAAUAACAAUAAAUAUAACAAUAGAUAUAAUAAAUAUAAUAAAAAAGGAAUAAAUAAAAAUCAUAACAAGAGAAACACCAACUUUAAUAGGUGA